AUGCUCUCUUCUCUGCUACCUAACGUGAACACAGAGCGACAGGACAACCAUGACUCCAUGGCAUUGCAGCCAAUUGGGAAUGUUCCGAGUUCUUCUGAACGUGAACGAACACCAACAAACACCCAGCGUCGUUUCCUGUCCCACAGCACUACACGUCCGACUCUCGUCUCAGCAACCACAGAUUUCUUGAAUUCAUGUCUAUUCAUGCAAAGGCCGUCCAAGUCGACAAAAUCAGGAUCAGUAUUUCUGUGCGUGUUUAUGCACGUAUUUCUGGUUCUUCUCCAUCUUGUUCUCGUGGCGCUAAGCAUUUCCGGCGUCGAGCACCACCUUGUCACAUCUGAGAAUGGUGCGAGGAAUCCGGUAUUGAGCGCAUCAACACAGGCCUUUUAUGCGCUGUAUUGUACGAUCCUUGUUUACCUAGUGCAACGCCGGACACUCUAUCAGAACUUGAUUCAACAUCAAAAAUUGACUAUUCUCCACGACAAUGUUAACGCAUGGAGUGGCCUUGGUUCUGCAUUGCAGUGUCUCUGGCAGCAACCAAGCACCACUGGAUCGUUAUGGUGGAUCGUGUCUAUCACCACCUACCUGGGAUGUGUAUUUGCGCUUCAUGUGGCUUCAUCAUCCAUAUUGCAGCUGCAAACAUUCAGCGCAACCACCAACGUGUCGGCGACUACGUUCUCUCAUUGGCCUGGUCUAAAUGUGGACAUGAUGGGGCUUCAGUGGCAUACCAUCAGUGCCAUUGUUCCCUCUCUGGGUCAUUUUGCCAGUUCGUCGAACGCGGGACUUGAUGGUGCCACACUGUAUGACAUUGUUCAAGCAGAUGGCGCCACAGGAAACGCUACGGUGGACGCAACUAAUUUCCGAGCGGAGUGUGGGUUACUCCGUAAUUCUGAGUUGAGCUACAGCCCACAGCUGAAUGCCAAUCAAUUUGGCGACUAUGUGAUCGAGCCUCAGGUUUCAGGCCUCAAUCAGACCAUGAAAUGGUCGGCCAGGCUAGUACCUCCCUAUCAAGAUCAAUUGAAAGUCCAAUCUUCCAUGUCUCUCCUUUUUCCUGGGCCCACUAUUGUGUUCAUAACUGCCACGUCCGUUGACAUCGAUGACACCCUGAAAUCAGCAACCGUACAGCAUAUGAACUGGGAACAUCAACAAGUCCCGCUAUUCGACAGUCCCCAAGCUCCAAUCAUCUCAACUGCACUUGAUGCUCACUUAGUAGCUUGCAAUAUAUAUGUUGAACGCCAUGCGGCGAUAGUCAAUAUAGAAACAGGUCAAUUACUGGCACUCUUCCCGCCCCCGGCUCUAUCUCCCCCUUCAAGCUGGAAGGCAUGGACAGCACCCAAGGGAGACAAGAGUUGGGAUAUCUGGUCGCCGCCAGGAACAGGUCAGUAUGAUCACAAUCAUAAAAAAUGGUUUGUAUCUCCAUUCAGCUAUGGAGCUACGCACCCCGUAAAGAUUUGUAUGACUGAAAGUCAAGCAACGUGCUAUGGAUAUUCUCUCCUCGAGCUGUAUUUGAUGAAGGAAAUCGGUUUAAACGUGGUGUUGGACGAGCAAGGCUCCAGGCCACCGCCUCCAUCUGGUCCGAAGAAGGUUCUCUGUAGUCCUCGCCAAUUCGAAUCUAGUCUCGCUAAGAUCUUCGCUUCGUUGUUGUGGACGGACUUGAAAGACCGUCACGAUGCAGGUGCAAAACUCGGUUCCAAUGCUGGUGGCUUUGACCCAACACCAGGCAGCACUGUGGUUUCUCAGCAGGUUACAAAAUGGCAUCUCAACAUCAACACGUGGCCUUUGGCAGUUGCAUUGACCGCUUCGUUGACCAUGCUGGUCCUUUCGAUCUGCAUGUUAGGUGGUACACGUCGGCAGAAAAACAGGACACCCAUAGAUAGUGCCGGUAUUCUCCAGAUCAUCUGGCUGACAAACCGUCUCCGCGUGCUGAAAGACCUCGUGAGUGAGGUGGCCGAUCCAAGUGAAGAUGCUCUCCGUUCUGCUGGGAUGUUGGAAGUAGAUCUGUUACAAGAGCUAAACAGGCAUGAAUAGGCAGGCAUCAAAUUCUGGCAGCCAGACUGAUUAGGUUGAUCGUGAUAUCAGCUGUGGCUUGUGCACUACGAGCGAUAACACGAAGAAUGACACGGAGUGCGGUCUCCUAGCUUGCUAUGUAGCACAUGUAAUCUUCGAGUCCUCUCAUCGCUCAGAGCCCAAGACCGACUUAAACAACGAUAAACCUACUUUUGGUUUACACGAAUCCCCUGACAGCCUGGGCAAUGCAGGGAACGAAGAUGAGAAUGCAUACGAGAAUAUAUAUAACUGCCCA